CGUUCUUUCAGUGUAUAGACAUCACGCUGCAGAAAACACUACCUACCUACGUCUUAUAAUAAUUUUAAUCGUCAGUGUAAAAUGUUUUUCAUAAUCGCAGUUUUUUCUGUUUUUAUUAUUAUUUGUAUCUUAGAUAUUAUUACACCACAUAAAUAUCCAAUUGGACCUACAAGAGUUCCUUUGCUUGGUAAUUAUCUAGAAAUACGAAAACUAAGAGAUAAAUUAGGAUUCUAUCACUUAGUUUGGGAUCAUUUGGCAAAAUGUUACGGUCAAGUGUUUUCUGUUAAACUUGGUCGAAUAGAAGCAGUUGUUGUUUCUGGGUAUGAUGCAGUACGGCAAGUAUUGUGUAAAGACGACUUUGAUGGCCGACCAGAUGGAUUUUUUUUCAGAUUCCGAGCUUUUAAUAAGAGAUUAGGUAUAGUAUUUGUGGAUGGACCAACGUGGACUGAACAGAGAAAAUUUUGCAUGCAACAUUUACGAAAAAUGGGAUUUGGUGGUGAUUUAAUGGAAAGAAUUAUAAUCGAAGAAGUUAACGAUCUCAUGUUAGAUAUAUCGAAAAAAUGUGAGAAUGGUAAACCAAUUGAAGUUUAUGGUUUAUUCGACGUAUCAGUUUUAAACGGUUUUUGGGCGAUGUUAGCUGGCCAUAGAUUUGCAUUGAAUGACUCUAGACUUGCAAGACUUAUGGAAUUAGUACAUGUUAGUUUCAGAAUGUUGGAUAUGUCAGGAGGAAUAUUAAACCAGAUGCCAUUCAUUCGGUUUUUAGCUCCCAAAUGUUCUGGAUACAAAUACCUCAAACAAAUAAUAAACGAGUUCUAUACAUUCUUAAAAGAAUCAGUAGAAGAACACAAAUACAUGAUAAAUGAUCAGGAAGAUUUUAUAAGUGCAUUUUUAAAAGAAAUUGAGAAAAACAAAGAAUCACCUGGGUCAUUUUCAGAAGAACAGCUUCUUGUUAUUUUAUUGGAUUUAUUUUUAGCUGGCUCGGAAACCACAAGCAGUAUGUUAUCAUUCGUUAUUUUACUUUUACUUAAACAUCAAGAUAUACAAGCCAAAGUACACGCAGAGUUAGAUGCGGUAAUUGGAGAUCGAGAAAUUCAUCUUGCAGAUAAAAACAAAUUGAAUUAUCUUGAAGCCGUAUUAAUGGAAGUUCAGAGACAUAGUAACGUGGCGCCGUUAGCAAUCGCUCAUAGAACCAUUCGAAAAACCAGCCUACAAGAAUACAUAAUACCAAAAGAUACAUUAGUAUUGGCGAGUAUUUGGAGUGUUCAUAUGGAUGAACAGCAUUGGGGUGAUCCUAAGGUAUUUCGACCUGAAAGAUUUUUGGACAAUACUGGAAAAAUUAUAAAUGACAGUUGGUUUAUGCCAUUCGGCGUAGGUAGACGAAGAUGUUUAGGCGAGAUAUUGGCUAAGACCAAUAUGUUUAUGUUCAUUGCCAAAUUAGUUCAAAAUUUUGAGAUACGAAUUCCACACGGAGUCCAAUUGCCAGAUAAGCAUCAAGAGGGUGUCACUAUUUCUCCAUCUCCAUUUUCUGCUAUUUUUAUACCUAGACGUUGUUUAAGUCAAUAA